AUGAAACGUAUGGGUGUCUGAUGGAAAGAAGGGCACAGUCUUAAAAAAAGCAUUGACUCCUUCCAUUUGUUUUUCUUGGUGUGUUUGGAGUGAGCGCCAACACAGAUAAUCAAGUUUUUAUCUCUAGGAAUCGCGUUCUAGAAGCAAACGUCUAAUUUCAGUGAUGCUAGUCCACGUUGGGUUGCUGCCUCGCUCUUAGGUAGGGUGGCCCUCCCCACUAGCCCCACGUAGUUCCUAGGGCUGACUAGCGAAUAGGAGUUUGGGCAAUUCAAGCAAGGAACAACUCUCAUGUAUCCCAUUUGCCACACGAAACUUCAUUGGAGGACUCGGCUUCAUUUUUCCUUAUCACCCAAAAAUGUAAUUUAGAGAGAGACCUUUACCCAACAGAAGUGGGGGUAGUUCCCGAGCUCUAUCAAAGUGGCGUGUGUGACAUCUCGUGGAAGUGAUCGAUCUCACUCCGGAAGCAGUGUAACGGCAUGAAAUUUUAGUUCAUACACGUUCAUAGGGUAAAAUUCCUAUUUGCUUUGUGACCUCUUUAGGGAUAGGUGGGUUCAGGGAGGGUGGGGCCACGUUAGUUCCUACCCCUUCCCCCGUGGGUCGGGCUUUAUAAAAGGUCGUGACCCUGGCGCCCCAGCGCAGUUGCUGAACUUUCAGCGUCCGUUGCGAGUGUGCGGCAGCGCGCCGCACCCAGAGCCCCGGCAGCAGAAAUGGACAAGUCCGAAGAACAGCUUGACCAUUCUGGCCCAUCCUUCAUUCAGGAUAAGGACGGUUACUUUGUGGAUGUGAGUUCAACCAUCAAUGAAAAGUCUGAACCCAAUGCUUCCAGAAAGAUUCAUCAGAAGAAACAGAACGGCCCUCUGGUGAUUGAUUCUGAGUCUGAUGAUGAAUGUGUUCAUAAGAAAAAGAAAGCUAAGAUAUACAAAGUAAACAGUGAAGAUGAGAUUUUGGAAGUGAUUUCUGACACUGAUCAGGAGCAGCCCACCACCAGUGCCCCAGUGUCUCCAGGAGUAAUUAUUGAUGAUGAUGAUGAUGAUGAUGAUGAUGAUAUUAUUGUCGAUGAUGAUGACGAUGAUAUUAUUGUUGAUGAUGAUGUUGAUAUUAUUAUUGAUGAUGAUGAUGAUGAUAUUGAUGAUGAUAUUAUUGUUGAUGAUGACGAUGAUAUUAUUGUUGAUGAUGAUGUUGAUAUUAUCAUUGAUGAUGAUGAUGAUAUCAUUGAUGAUGAUGUUAUUGAUGAUGAUGAUGAUGAUAUUAUCAUUGAUGGUGUUGAUGAUGAUGAUGAUGAUGAUGAUGUUAUUGAUGAUGACGACGACGACAACAAUGACAAUGAUGACAAUGGCAACAAUAACAAAUUGGAAAUUCCUGUGCUAAAAGGGGGUUCCCAUGAUCACAGCCAAAUUUAUUCAGAUAAAAAAGAAGUGGAUGAGUGUGUUGUCUCCCAGCACGAUUCACCUGAUAAUGUUCAUAAGAAGCAGGAUCUUGGUGAAAAUGUCAACAAACCACCAACUGAUCCUGAGGCUGACCUAGAAAUUAUAGAUCCAAAGUCGCCAAAUACUGAAGAAGUCAUAUUUGAACCAAGGAAAUGGAAAUGCAAAACCAACAAUACAUCUGGUGUGACACCUGCUGGUAGUGGACCAAAAAAGCAUGCGUUUUCAGAGAAGAGAUCCAGUGCAGCAAAAGUUGAAAAGUGUGAGACUGGGACAGCUAUGUGCCAAAUACCUGGAUGCUUUUUGCUUGACAUUGAAAAAUCAAAACCGUAUUCUGGAAAGGAAUUCGAGAAAAAUAAGGAUGAACUGAUUCAGAAAAUCUAUGCACUGUUUAACGCCACUGUCUUUGAUCAAAAGCUGCCAGAGAAAAUAGACAUCACCUGGAAUAAAAAGUUGCUGAGAACUGCUGGCUUUUGCAUAACUAGUGAGAGAGAGUACCCGAAGAAGGAGCGCUGUGCCAAGAUUGAGAUUUCUCUGAAAGUCUGUGACUCUGCAGACCGACUCCGAGAUACUUUGAUCCAUGAAAUAUGCCAUGCAGCCUCCUGGCUGAUUGAUGGUGUUGGAGAUUCUCAUGGUGAUACAUGGCAGUACUAUGCCAACAAAUCCAACAAGGUGCAUCCAGAGCUGCCCUCGGUCACCCGUUGCCAUAGCUAUGCAAUUAACUACAAGAUUUAUUAUGAAUGUAAGCAGUGCAAAACCAGGAUUGGCCGCUACACCAGAUCGUUGAAGACCGAACACAUUACCUGUGCUGUAUGCAAGGGGCCUCUGGUCUUGCUGCCGCUAACUCGGAAAGAUGGAACCCCCAUCAGCGCUAUGUGAGACUGUUUGGCAGAUAUGUGCAGGAGAAUUAUAGAAUGGUGUUACAGGAGACAGCAGGGAUCAGCCAUGGGGACGUGAUAAAAAGGCUCAGCAGGGAUUAUAUUGCCAGUAAACAGAAGAGAAUUCCUUAAGAUCGUCUUAGAGCAUAUAUCUGUUAGCUGAGUCCUUUACUGACAAGAAAGUUGUGGAAACAUUUCUGUAAAGUUAUUAAUAUCUUAGUUUAUAGAUUUUUACAUUUGUUUUAAUGAUGAUUGUUUUAAACAAAGCUUUUAUUGUACCCUUCCUUGCGAAUACUCUGAAGGGCUUUUGAUCUACCUCGUGUCUUACUUUUACUGCAUAGUUUUAACAUAUAGAACAAAACAGGAAAACAAAUGCGUUUUCAAGAGUUGCAAGUUGAGGGCCGGGAAUUUAGCUCAGUGGUGGCACCACCUACCUCCCAAGCACAAGGACCUUACUUAGUUCAAUCCCUGGUACCAAAAUAACACAAACAUAUUUCAGGAGUUCAGUUGCUGAUGACAUUGAAUGAAACUGUGUGAGCCACGUACUUGUUCAGAAAAAUAAAUAGUCA